CAACUCGAACACAUCACAAUUCACUUCUAGGCCAGCCAAUCUUUUGUUCGACGGGCAUGUGCACCGCUGUUUUGGACCCUUGACAAGGGACUGUUAGCGGCAUGGUGCUUGUUCCUGUAUCACCAUCUCGAUUGGCUUCGCCAUUCGGGCCUCACCACCCUCAUUCGUCCUCGUCGACUCUGUAAGCGCCCGCUACAAGUGAGCACAGCACCACGGCAGAUCGCCCGUUGCAAUCUCACCGAAGGAGCAUCGCACCAUGGCUUGCUCCGAUCAGGUUGGUUCUUAGGAGAGGACUUUGCUCCGUCUCUCCUCUUGUACUCUCAUGCGUUGUGGCUUCAGCCUCAAGUCAGGCAAUCAGUUGGCAGUCCCGUCUGCAAGUCAAGGCGUUGUUAUUGCUGCGCAGCCAUAUCCAGACUAAAUAUGCUACAAUCCCCCGACUGAGCGAACGCCGUCGUUGGGCCAAAGAUACCUUCUGACCUGAGAGUCGUUCGAUACUACCGCAGACUUGGUUGCAGACCAACCGACCAACAUGUUCUUCCUGUCUCGACGCUGGAGGCCAAACAAGUGGCCUUUCUACGGUCUUCUCCUGCUCGAGCUCCCUUUGACGGUUGCUCUCCUAGCACUCUUCGGUAUCGCUGCGCCCAAUCUAUAUCGGACAAAACUGUGGCAAGAUGGCGCAGAUAAUGGUUUCAAUUCGAGUCCGACAACGGGCCUAUAUGCCGCAGCCAACUAUCGACCGUACACGACUCCCAAAGUCUGGUCACAAUUUAUAACAAACUACAAUGUGGUCAUUGCCGUCCUCUCCAUGUUCAUCAUGCUUGUCAAGUCCAUCAUGUACAUGCUCCAUGUCUUCCCACCGGUUCUGUCGACCCUGGUCCACGCGAUCCUCAUCGCUCUCUACACGGUUUCCGUUUACUACCAGGCGAGCAGCGACACGACAGACCCGAAACACCCUCAGCGCGGUGCGCCGUGGUACAUUACAAAAUCCUGCAGUGUGGCGCACGAUAAAAGCCUGGUUGGGUACUGCCAGCAAGCCAAAGCGAGCUUUGCAUGCACCUGCGCCAUGCAGGGUGUCUUUGUCGUCUACUUUGGCUUCGCGGUCUGGUCUUGUUUCCCAACCAAGUUACACAAGGCUGAAUAUGCCGAAGAGCAACGCCUGAAGGCUGGGAAGAGGUUCGCGUUUGAGAGGUUGGGAGACUACGAUCCCGAAAGCGGUCGCAUCAUCGUGCGUAGGCCUCAACCCGACACCCCAGGUUUCCAACCAGAUGGUGUGACCCCAAUCACACCGCGUACCAAGACGUUUAAUAUCCUUGGAGGCAUCAAGGACGUGCCUCGACGGAACCCCUUCAAUACGCCCAAAACCACCGCCACAACCAAGGCUCCUUCAUUUGCUUUACGCAGUCCAGAGCUACCCAGAAGCCCCAUGUCUCCAGGUUUUAUUGAGCGCGCAGGCGUCGGCUCCGGUGAUGUGCGGACAAGCAAGACUGCGGAAGAGAAACGGGGUGUUGAGGCUUCAAACCCAGCCUCGCCUCAGCUAUUUUUUCCUCCUCCCCCGAAGAUUGCGAAAAAGUAGAAAUGGAGCUCGAGGAAGCAGUUGGAUCAUGUUGCGUUGGUCAAUGAAUACCGUGUCAUUCCUCUGGCUGGGGUGUCUGUGGUUGGAGAACAUACAACAAUCUCUUGGUCAUCCUACAAUUCCAUCACCUAGGUGUCCAUAUCUACCACGUAGGUUUAGUAAUAUAGAUACGAAAUAGCUCGGUCGCAAGAUAGCAUUUUUGGGCCACAUUUUCGUCUUCGAAAUGUUCUAUUUAGCUCAACAGCCAAGGUUACCUGGAUAAGAUAGACUUGUCAAAC